UAUCAUGGUUCCAGAUAGGGAGAGUGGGGGCUAGUUAGGAUGGAAUCGCAAAUAUUCGGUGACGGUGGUGCGCGACCAGGGUGAGAAAAAAAGCAUUGUCGCAAGAAAGUGAAUUUGGAUGAGCCUAGUGAGACACGUGGGUCAUGUGUCAAUUGGACGAGAUCGAACACGACCUCGUACAGCGUCGCGGUGCCAUUAUUUGCGGCGUUCCUCGCAAUUACGCAACGACCAGUGACCACGAUAAUGAACACUACGCAUGAGGAUCCUUAGUGGCUAUGUUCCAUCGAUAUUUUGUUGACCAAUUGAGAUCGUGAACGAACAGUGUCCAUCGAUAUUGCUCUGACGGAAGCCGAAUGUUCGUUUGGAACCGAGCUCCCUGAAAACGGGAACCGUGGAACUCUAGUUUUGACAACGAUGGUCCUUUGUGUUGUUCAAGGUUACCAGCAUGAGCUUUUGGUCCCGCAGACGAUUUCGUAUUACUCCGCUACGAGCGUUGGCGGCGUUCUUCCUCAUGGUCAUGCUGUUCUGGUACAGUCUCAGUCGGCAAGAAACACCCAGGCAACCAUGCAGCGUCCCCGAGGAAUUCACGGAGAAACUACACGAGCUUGCCUACAGGGCUCACUUGGUGUUGGCCAAACUGGGCAUCGUGCACUUUCUAUGCCUCGGAGGACUCUGGGGUCAAGUUCGAAUCGGUCGUGCCCUACCCUGGGCACGUAAAGUCGAACUCUGCUUGGUUGACACGUUAAGGGACGACGUUUUGAUCACGAAAGCCUUCCGAGAAGUUGGACUUAGCGCGACGUAUUUACACGCUGCCGGUGUGUAUCGUAUUCAGGAACACGAGGUUGGCGAAGACGCCCCCAAGGUGGAGGUCGUCGUCUUUGAAGAGGACGCAGUGACACGAAUGUACUGUUUUCUACUUCCAUUUUUCAUCCUCCUGCACGAGACUAUUCAAUCAGAGGAGAUUUAUAAACUUAUAAGACCGUACAAGUAUUAUCAACGCAGACCAUCGCGAUGGCCACGAUUUCACGAUGGUCACAAAUCAUCGAGGUUCUAUCGUUUUAGGAGGAUCCCAUCGGAAGACUAUUAUUCACGCAGGUCAACUUAUUACAGAAAAAUUAACGAGAUGCUUGUUCGACGUUUCAGAUAUCGUUCACCGAGGAACGAUUUCGAUGGACGGGUUGAAAAUCAACCCUAUACUAUUGUGAUCCAACUACCUAAAGCAGAAACUAAAUAUAGGGAUAAUAAUUAUCGAGAAAGACAGAAAAAUUAUGAAAGAGAUACUGUUCCGACGUACAACAAUGAAAAUGACGAUAUUGAUGAAGAAGAGGAAAUGGAAUCUAAAGUGGGCAAUAUUAAUAAUAAAAAAGUAGAGAUAAAGAUGAUUAAAGGAAAAAAUCCAAAGCUGCACAUUCAAAUUUCAAAAUCCGAUAAUGAAAAUAAUUUGGAAAUUGUGGAUAAAUCGAGCACCACUAGCAUGAAUUUACCACGAUUAUUCAAUUACAAAACCAUUAUUUAA